GUUCGAAGCAUCGCACCCGGUGCGAUGCACUGAUCCGCAGCAUCCGCGAUGGGCGGAGCACCGUUGUGUUCCCCCAGGCACGAUUGUUGCGGCACCGCUGCUGCGGAGGCCGCGGCCGCGUCGAGAAAUAUCGAGGAGCAUCUUCCGGAGGAGCUUCGGCAUGGCACCAACAUCGACGGCGCCUGCUGCCUCUCCUGGGCCUUGGGAUCUCGCUCCGCGCUGAGCAUCGACAUGGUGAAUAUCGAGAAGCUGCACGAGCAGCUUGGGAGCUGUUUGCAGUUCUUCCAAGCGGAUCUGGUCGAAGGCACUGCCACCAACGGCCUGAUCUUGGGCCCCACAGACACCAGGAGCGGAAGCAACAUGACAGCGGCUGACGCCAUGACCCGCAUGGGCCAGUUAUUGUGCAGGUGGGCUGCUUCUCAGAUCCCCCCGCUGCAGAUCUACAUAGGCAUCGAAAUUGGCUGGCUGGUGGUAGUGGAGCUGCCGAACACCCGGCAGCUCUCCUGCUUCGGCUCUGCCCCGGAUGGAGCAAGACGGCUCUGCGAAGCCUCCAUCAAGGAGGGCACCGUGCACGUGUCAACGGCUGUGAGGGGCCAGCUGAGCGCAUUGCGCUUCCUGCCGAUGAUCAUCGGCAGCAGCAGCACCUACUACCUCGAGGCCUUCACCGAAGUCCUGGACGGAUCUGAGGCGGACUCCGGAGAGCUCCGGAAGUCGGGGUCCAUGUUGGCCAUGGUGACCAGUAGCGAGACGGAGGAGAAGGGCAUCACGGAGGACAAGAUGACCUUCGAUAGCUUCUGUGACCUUUUGACCUCCAACCACGUGGACCUGUCGCGCUUCGGCAAGGGCACCGCCAACACGCUGACGCAGUUCUACGAGUCCGUAGUGCUCCAGGAGAAGUGCCUGCUGAAGGUGGAGGACCAUAGGCUUUUUCGCCUAGUCGAGCUGGUCCGAAUCAAUCUCCACUUUCGGAAUGACGAGGGCCAGUCGCGUGAGUUGCGGAUCAAGUCCGAGGUCACCGCGGGGGGCCAGCUCCGUGAGCGGAACCAACCGCUGGCGGUGGUGCUGCGCACGGACGAGCACGGGGAGUGGGAGCACGCGGUGGAGCGCUGCUUCGUCACGAAGUUCGAGCUCAGCCCUGCAGUGCAGAAGGCGUGCUUCAACAUGCCGAAGGAUGCCUAUAGCUACCAAGAGACACGUGGCGCCUCCGACACCAUCCCGGGUAUUCUUACCAAAUACAAGACGCAUACCAUCAAGAUGACCGUCAAGGACCGAACCAGGUCCGAGCUGGCCAAAAUCGGCCUGCCGGCGGGCCGCGACUUCGCCACGGGCUCCCAAGGCCUGCAGCAGAACUGGACCUGGGCAAGGGUCACCAAUAACAAGGAGGAGGAGCUGAUCAACCUGCUGCAGAGCCACGGGAUCUCGCUGGAUGAGUUCACAUGGCAAAGCUUCGUGGAGCUCUAUGACGAAGUCUACGAGAAGAAGCAGUCACAACUGGAACCGCACGAGGGAGAGCUGGUGAGGUAUGUCCGCAUUAUCAAGAUUUGGCUGUGGGCCAACGUCUUGAAUUGCCGCCAUGCGCUGGUUCUGAGGACCAAGCAGCAGCACUGCCGCACCCAGGUGAUGUCCAGCUUGCGGGUGCUCAGCAUGCGUAUGGCCGCGGGCCAGAGCGUGGCCGAUGCCACGGUGGAGGCCUUUGCUGGACGCCUGGGCAUCAACGAGGCCAUGCAGAGGGAGGGCCUGCACAUUAGCGAGGCGGUGUACCGACAAGAAGUCGAGUUCUCCAGAAGCUUCCCUGGCUUGAAAACGAUGUACAAAAUCAACGAGGUGCACGUGGAGGUCAUCAAUCCCCAGGACCAGCGGUGGAACCACAUCGGGCUGCCUGCGGCCCAUGACUUCACCUUCGUCCGACAGGAGCAGAGCGGCGGGGAGCUGGACACCGUGGUCACCAGGUGGGGUUGGACCAACUCACUUGAGCUGGAGCACGAGUACUCGGCAGUGAAGGUGGCCUCCUCUUCACCCUCCUGGAGCGAUGCGGGCCGGAGCCUGCGAGCGCUGAUGAAAGGCAGGAUCAACAAGAAGCGCCAGGUAACUCUGCCGGAGCCCCUGGCGGUGCGGGGCUCGCACGAGCUGUUGAUCCAUCGCCUUAUGGAGGGCAAGGCCACGGAUUGGGCGCGCGCCCGGCGCGCCGCUGAGCAGCUGCGGAGCCCCAGCUACGACACACGCCAGUUCCACGACGACAUCACCGUGGCCUUCCCGGAGCUGCGGCUCUACUGCCUCAUCAACGCCGAGGAGGACGAGGCCGACGCCGCCAAGUCCGCAUCGGCGGGUUCCAUCUCCCAGGGCACCUCUGCGGGCCGAUCCAGCUUCGAAGAGUACCAACGUACCAUUGGCGCGCUCUUCUGCAUCUUCUGGCUCAUGCGACUCCACUUGGACGGCAAGGAAUGCUUCUGCUUCGGCCUCGACAACAGCUGGAAGCCGAAGACGCAAGAGGACUUCCUCAAAGAGGGUAGCGAUGACAUGCAGCUGGAAUACAAGAAGCGGAAGGACUUCUACGACAAAGCAGACUGGGAUGGCCUUAGCAACCUCUUCGUUGGCGCGGGCCUUAUGAAGAAGAAGAAUGGCCCCCACGAUCCCGAGAGGACGUUGGCGAUGCUGGUCCUCAUGACCAUCCACGACCUCAUGAAGCUGGACAAGCUGCGCCCCAUCUGCGCGAAGGAGUUCGGGGGCUACAAGCGCGGCGACCAGAUCGGAGAUCAUGACAUCGCACUCAGUUAUGUGCUUGAGCGGUUCCCAUCCUCCCUGCCGUCCUUCGCCGGGCUGUCUCUGGAGCAACAGAGAAGCAUUCGAUUUACUCACAGCCGCAUGGACUACAACAUGGGGUGGCUGGUGCAGGCGGAGGCGCCCCCGGGCGCCCUCUUCCGCGCCCUUCGCGGCGCCAUCUGCGAAGGUCAGGCCCAGCGCGGCGCUGCAGACGUGGCGUUUUACUUCGCCCACUGGUUUGCAGACCUCGCCGGGGCGGAGCCCUUCCCCAUGCAAGGCUGUGAGAAGUUUGUGCUGAAGUUUCCGUUGCAAGUCCUCACGAACUUCGUGGAGUCGUUCCCGGUGGUUUGGCAACUGGGGCCCAAGACGGAGACGGAAGUCUACGAGGACUACUUGGCUUGGCGCUGGGGUCGCCUGAACCUCGGCGAUGCGCCCACGGGGGACUUCGCGCUGGCGAAGAUGCGCUUGGUGGUCAUGAGCCAGGGCGACGUGAAUUCCGUCCUCCAGAGCUUCAGUGAACUGCCGCCUUAUGAUCAGGAGAUCCUGGGUGAGGAGUUAGCCCUCACAGGCUGCGCGGAUCAAUCCUUCGCAAGCCGGCCGUCCAAGCCGAGGGGUCCAGCCAUCCUGAUCUACUACGGCCCCGCGCUGAUGCAGAAGGCGGGCUCCAGCGACCCUUUCAACACCAUGCGAGUGCUGGCAGAAGUCUUCCGGCAAGCCCGGCGCCUGUGGCCACUGAUCGAGGGCAAGAAGUCCGCGGACAAGACAACUAUCCUCCGUAGCUUGGCAUGUGGGUUCCUGAUACUUCCUGGGUCUUGCCUGAACGGAUGCGCCAAGCUCAGUCCAAAGCUUUGA